UUGAUUAAAAAAUAAUAAAAUUGAAUUUGAGUUGGUCCCUCGUUAGUUUGUAUUCUAUUGUUUUUCCGGUAACAAUUUUUGAGAAAUCACCUUAAACAAAGGCAGGAGGAAUAAAUCAAUUUCCCUUGUCUGAGAUAUGGCGAGCUGUACAUGGCCGUGGACCCCUUAUCUAAAAUUUUCUCGGCCCAACUCCGGUUACAUUUUCUCCCACAGUACAGUACGGCUCAGCAAGUUCCCUUGUAAGAACAGUCAUCACAGCCACUCUCGCCGUCGCAUCGGAGUAUAUUGCACCUCCGGAGACAGCGAAAACGCCGGCAGGCACUCUGAAACAACCGGAAUUCAGCUAUACAGGGACAUCGAGAGAGUACUUACUGAGACCGUGAAGCAAUCGCAAGAUGGUAAGGAUUCUGGAGAUUGGAGGGAAAUUGAGGGAGCCUGGGUAUUGAAACCGAGGAACUCCAAGUUAAUGGCUGUCGUACAUUUUGUGGGUGGCAUAUUUGUGGGGGCUGCCCCACAGCUUACAUAUCGGUUGUUUCUGGAACGUCUAGCAGAUGAGGGCAUAUUGGUUAUUGCCACUCCUUAUGCCAGUGGUUUUGAUCACUUCCUUAUAGCAGAUGAAGUCCAGUUCAAAUUCGAGAGGUGUCUUCGAUAUCUCCAGGAAACAGAUGAAGAGAUUCCAUGUUUUGGCAUUGGUCAUUCUCUGGGGUCGGUCAUUCACCUUCUUAUAGGCUCAAGGUAUGCUCUGAAAAGGAACGGGAACAUAUUAAUGGCAUUCAAUAACAAGGAAGCAAGCCUAGCCGUUCCUUUGUUUUCACCUGUCAUUGUGCCAAUGGCCGAAAGAAUAGGACCUAUUUUAUCACAAAUAAUAUCAUCACCAACGGUUCGCCUUGGGGCUGAAAUGACUAGGAAGCAAUUUGAGAAUCUUAGCCCUUCCAUUUUAAAGCAAGUUCUCCCUUUGGUCGAGCAACUCGCUCCAUUGUACAUGGACUUAGCUAAGGGGAAGGAAGAAUUUACUCCCAAGCCAGAAGAAACUCGAAGAUUGAUAAGGUCUUAUUAUGGUGUCUCAAGGAAUUUAUUAAUUAAGUUCAAAGAUGAUACCAUCGACGAAACUUCCACUCUAGCCCAGGUUCUCAGCUCAGAAUCUGGUAUUAGCUCAAUGAUGGAUAUGUCUAUUCGUUCCUUACCUGGUGAUCACGGGCUGCCUCUACAACAGGUCUUGCCGGAUGUGCCCCCUGCAAUGGCAGAUGUAGUGAAUCGAGGAGGAGCACUUUUGGCUAGUUUAAGUGCAGGUACACCAUGGGAGUCAAUGGCCAAACAAGUGGGCACGUCUUUCAGUGCAGACUAUUCCAAGGAUAUUGAUCUGCUUGUUGAUGUAAUUAUUAGCUGGAUUGCCCGAAACUCUUAAAGCCCCUAAUAAUGGAGUAGAGUCCAUCAUCUGAUGUGUGGACCAGCGCCCACUGUGUAAUGUGGACUCUUGUUAGAGGUAUGUAGUUUUUAGUUAUGUGAUGUAGCUAAUAAUCAUGCAUAUUUUUAUUCAUCAUGGCGUGUAUCUAUGUAUUUCAUAUUUUAUGUAAUGCGAAGUAACGCUGCAGUCUAAAUUCAUAUACCUGCAUAUGGAUGUGGAUUGUUUCUGAUAUUUUGUGUACAUAAGUAUCUAAUGGUUUGUGUUUGUCCUUUAUUUAGUAGUAUUUAAUAGUAAGCUGAUUGUACCAAACUUCUAUUUUAUUUUUAAAAAAUU